GCCCCGUCGAUUGUUCCGUCUCUGUUUCUUAUCCUUUCUAGAAUUUGAUUGACUUUCUUUAUCUGGAAAUUUAACUCUAAAAUUAAUCACCCAAAUGCAUAUGAAUAUCAAUGUUGAAGAUCCUUAAAGCAUUUCAAUGUCAGGUCUGAGGUUCCUCAGCUGUUACUGAAAUGUGCAGUGGGAUCCAUUGCUCGGGCAAUGAUCUUAACAUUAUAGUAGGGAUACAAUAUUGUUAGCAAUGCAAUUAGUAUCAAAUGAUAGUCGGAAGGAAAAUAUUUCUGAAAGAGAACCCAUCUUAUCUCAGUCUGCUGCUUCACAAUCAUCGGAAGAAUGUGAAAUUACAGCUGUUGGAGGGGAUUGUAUUGUUGUUGGUGAAGAUUUGGAAGAAAUUGAUGUUGACGAAAGCAGCCAUCUUGUGAAUGCAGACCACCGACAAUGCCGUAUAUGCCUUGAUAAUGAAGGGGACGACUUAAUUGCACCAUGUCACUGCAAGGGCACUCAGAAGUAUGUCCAUAGAUCUUGUCUUGAUAACUGGAGGUCAACUAAGGAGGGCUUUGCAUUUGCCCACUGUACAGAGUGCAGGGCAUUGUUCAUCAUACGCGCAAAUGUCCCACCUGACCGAUGGUGGUUGAGAUUAAAAUUCCAGUUCCUUGUUGCAAGGGACCAUGCAUUCAUCUUUGUAAUUGUUCAGCUGAUUGUAACUUUCCUAGGGGUGGUGGUCUACAAGUUCUAUGGAGAAGAACUAAGAGAAAUGUUUGGUUAUGAUGAACACCCUUAUGGGUUUUAUACAAUGGCAGUUUUAGCAAUUGUUUCGGUGGGUUUGCUCUAUGGUUUCUUCAUUGCUAUCAUAUGUGGUCAGAGGAUCAAUGAACGGCAUUAUCAUGUUCUUGCGAAACAGGAAUUAACUAAGGAAUAUGUGGUUGAAGACCGGGAGGACAACGAGAACACCCCGGAACUAGACCCCAGCCAUGUGACAGAGCUAAGAAUGUUGGGGCUCUAUUAAUUUGGUGGUUGUGCAUUUCAUUUGUUCUCCGCCAUAAACUUCAUACAUGAGUAAUUUUCCCGAGUCAUUCUUGUAAAGUUGCCUCCCGUUUGCUUCAGUGUCUCACUUCAUGGUACGGGCAGGUGGGCAUACGAAUCUAAAAUCUCCCAAGCGUUGGAGAAGUUGCCUGCACAGUAUGUUGAACUGAGCUCGUGUGCUUUCCGUCAACCCGGUUUGCCCUUUGAAUGCCUAAAUCCGUAUACGGUCGGUCGGUGUUUGUUUGUGUAUGUCAUUGGUUUCGCUGAGAAAUAUACCUUUUUUGGUGUUCUUUUCACAGAUUAUAUGAUGAGAGAUAUGUGCAGAAUGAAUCUGUUUUGGUGAUCUUUGAGAGUUACUAAA